AUGUACUUCGACUAUGCACGUACUCAGACCUAUGCGCGUGGGCUUUUACAGUGUGCAAAUAUGCACCCCAAUUUCCCCAUAGCUGAUCAUCAAGGCACUCAAGCUCUGGAUAUAUUUGUACUCCCAGAAUUUGCGUCUUUACAAUCUGUCCAAGAAACAUUGUCUCGAUCGACGACGCACUGGUGGAUCGGCGCACAAAAUGUAUGUGAAUACGAACGCGGUGCCUAUACGGGCGAAGUAGCAGCCUCGACACUUGCUCAGGUCGGAUGCCGUCUGGUGGAACUUGGCCAUGCGGAGCGGCGUCACUUGUUCAAUGAGACGGAUGAAAUUGUUGCUCGUAAGGCAUUCCAGUGCGUGAGAUAUGGCCUCAUCCCUCUUGUGUGUGUGGGCGAACGAACAUGCACUAGCGACACGCUCCUGGCUGUCGAUGAAUGCUGGCAUCAAGUCGCACCAGUUCUAGUGAAUGUUCCGCAUGAUGCACCCAUCUGUCUAGCCUAUGAGCCUGUGUGGGCCAUUGGAAAGGAAGAGCCCGCAACGCCCGAGCAUAUACGAGCUGUGACGCAGGCUCUGCGCUCGCGGUGCCUGGCAGAGUUUCCCGAACGCCAUGAUGUUUCUUUACGUAUCAUAUAUGGUGGCUCAGCCAAACUUGGACUAUACUCUAAAAUCAGUGAUGCCGUGGACGGUUUAUUUCUGGGUCGAUAUGGACAUGAUCCUGCUACAUUUAUUGAUACAGUGUGGGAGGUGUAUAAAGCCGACAAUAUAUAA